GUAAACCGGGGCGGCCACAGCGGGCAGAGGAAGGCUCUCGGCUCCUUCGGGAAAGCCAGCUCCAGCACCGGGAUCCGAGCGGUGCGCAGGGAGCCGCGUCAGCCUCGACCUGGGCAGCGCCCAGCGGAGGCUGCGGGAAGCGGAGGGAGCCCGGCGCGGGCGGGGAGCGUGCGUCCGUUCGCACAGGCAGCGGGAGGAGGGGCGGCGCGAGCCAUGGCUGGGGACAGCGAGCAGACCCUGCAGAACCACCAGCAGCCCAACGGCGGCGAGCCCUUCCUGAUCGGCGUUAGCGGGGGCACGGCCAGCGGCAAGUCUUCCGUUUGUGCUAAGAUUGUGCAGCUCCUGGGACAGAAUGAGGUGGAUUAUCGCCAGAAGCAGGUGGUCAUCCUGAGCCAGGAUAGCUUCUACCGUGUCCUCACUUCAGAGCAGAAGGCCAAAGCCUUGAAAGGCCAGUUCAAUUUUGAUCACCCGGAUGCCUUUGACAAUGAACUCAUCUUCAAGACACUCAAAGAAAUCACCGAAGGGAAAACAGUCCAGAUUCCUGUGUAUGACUUUGUCUCCCAUUCCCGGAAGGAGGAGACGGUUACUGUCUACCCCGCAGAUGUGGUGCUCUUCGAAGGGAUCCUGGCCUUCUACUCCCAGGAAGUGCGAGACCUGUUCCAGAUGAAGCUUUUCGUGGACACAGAUGCGGACACCCGGCUCUCCCGCAGAGUAUUAAGGGACAUCAGCGAAAGAGGGAGGGACCUUGAGCAGAUUUUAUCUCAGUACAUUACAUUCGUCAAGCCUGCCUUUGAGGAAUUCUGCUUGCCAACAAAGAAAUACGCUGAUGUGAUCAUUCCUAGAGGUGCAGAUAAUCUAGUGGCCAUCAACCUCAUCGUGCAGCACAUCCAGGACAUCCUGAACGGAGGGCUCUCCAAACGGCAGACCAACGGCUAUCUCAAUGGCUAUACCCCUUCACGCAAGAGGCAGGCCUCGGAGUCCAGCAGCCGGCCGCACUGACCCCCGUCUCCUCAGACCCUGGCCCCGAUCUCCAAGGGACAGGAGGAGGGGGCAGAGGCACUGUGCAUCUAUACAUAUGGUUUCCUAUGACAUUGCUGUAUUUAAGAAAACACCAUGGAGAUGAAAUGCCUUUUUUUUUUUUUUUUUUUUUUUUGGUACUUCGGAGCAGAGAAAUGAAACAGAACUUGACCCUGAGCUUAAAUGACAAACUGUGCCAACUACUACUGGUGAUGCCUAAUUAUGACUUCAACGUGUAACCAGUUAUAAAUACAUACAUAUAUAUAUAUAUAGAAAAGGAUCUAUUUUUGUGUAAAUGUACAAAUACUGUACAGCUGUUUGCCGUAAGUAUUCUGCAGGAGGGCCUGUACUUGAGUGUGUUUUGGGGGCUGGAGCUGGAGUUUCACCAAAGGGAAGUUGCCUGGUGGGUUCCAGGUGGGGCAGGCUCAGGCGUCUGGGAGGGAGGAUCACGGCUCGCGGCUCUCGGUGUCCGUGGGUCUCGUUGGAAGUGGAGUUUGGAACUUUUGAUUGCUUCCCCUGCCAGAUGCCACCUUCCUGGUGCUGGAGCUUCAGGAUAAUGUUAAUGAGAGAUCCUCUUUUCUUUUCUUUUUUUUUUUUUUUGAGUUGAAAUUAGGCAAGACCUCAACUCAAAACUCAAACUCAGGGAAGGGGCCCACUGAGGGGAACGAGUCUUCUGCGUUUUCUUCUUGCCCCUGCCCACCUCUGGCUGCUCGGGUAGCUCCACACUUCCUUCCUUACUCACCCGCUUCUCAGUCUCUCGGAAAGCCAGAGCUGCCUUGCUCUCCUUCCCUGGUGGGGAUGUGACGGGGUCGCUUCCUGACUGAGUGGGGAAGGAGGGAGUGGGACUCUCUGCCUGUCGUAUCGUCUGAGAUGCUGGUGCCUCCCAGGGAAGUCACCCAUGAGAUUCCUUGGGCUGUCCCCCCAAGCUGUGGAGUGCACAGUGGACCCUUGCAGUCUGGGCUUCGGUUGAGGGCCUCUGCCGGCAGCCUGCCCCUCACAGGGUGGCAAGAGAGCUCUGCCGUGUAGGGAGCCUGUAGCUUUUGUUCCCCAAGGCGUGGGGAUUUGCAGCGAGGUGAGGAUAACGGGGACCGUCACUGGCAGCAUCACAGCCACAUUGAUUGACUUAUUUACCAUGCUGCCGCGUCACGUGGCAGCUGCCGGAAACGAGGGGUGGGGAAGGGGAGUGGCGUGUUUUUUUUGUUUGUUUUUGUCUUUUUGCAGUACGCGGGCCUCUCACUGUUGUGGCCUCUCCUGUGCUCCGGACGUGCAGGCUCAGCGGCCAUGGCUCACGGGCCCAGGCGCUCUGCGGCAUGUGGGAUCUUCCCGGACCGGGGCACGAACCCGUGUCCCCCGCAUUGCAGGCGGACUGUCAACCACUGCGCCACCAGGGAAGCCUGGGAGUGGCGUUUUUAAGUCACAAGUUGGAGUCUUGGGCUGAAAACAUUUGGGGUGGAGAAUUCCAGCCUUUCCGAGGGCUCCCUCUUGGUGAAAACUUCCUUCUUUGCAAGAAGUACGGAUUCCUGAAGAUUCCUGGUGGGGAGGGGUGGAGGAAGCAGGGGACCAAGCGAGAAGGAGGAGGUGUAAUUAUAGAGGCCUGAAGCGUCACCUUUUAACUGCAGAAGAGGCAGAAGCUUUUCACCUCAGUGUGUUCCAUCUCAGUGCUCGGUAGGCUAUGCCCUUAGUUAUUCCCUUGUGACUGCCACAGCCUGAAACAUUUUGGGGAACGCUUCUCCUUCCAUUGCUUUCAUAGCCCCUUGAGCCAUUCAGAUAAACUGAUGCCGUUAACUCUAGUCACACGGGAGCAAGCGGCCAUGCAGUUUGCCUCCCCUUUUCUGGACUCCACUUGACUCUAACUCCGUUGGGCUGUGUCAAAAAGUCAAACCUAAUCCCCAGCAGGGCUUUGCCACCCCUGAGACCUUCAGGAGACUGUGCUGCAGGCCCUGAGGGAGCCCCCCAAGGGCAGCAGCUGCCUGGUUGGAGAAGGGGAGGGUCCCGAGGUGCCUGCUCUGAAGACCGGUACCUGGCGGGAUGGCCAAGUUCUGGAGUGCGUGUUUCCGAGUCAGUAUUGAUUAUCUUUCCAGUCAUGCCUUGUGCGGUUCUGAGAUGAAGGGUAGAUGGCAGGAUCCUGAGGACCCAGGGGUCUCCUGCCUUGCUGGGUGGGGCCUGUCUGUGCUCAGGGGAAGCCCGUCCCUGUCUGGGAGAGCCUCGGCCCUUCGGUGGUAGCACGGUCAACUUUACUUGAAGCUCCCAGGUGCCAAACCAUUCAGUGCCUUGGCUGUCUAUCCCACUGCCUUGGAAGAUGGAUUCUUCUCAUCUCUGAGCCUUGAGUUACUUAGCCGCUUCCUCAUCUACUCCUGGUGUUGGGACCAAGCCUCCAGUGUCUCUGAAUAGCCCUGUCCUCGCUGGAAGCAGCUCUAGGGCUGCCCUGCCUCUGGGUAAAACCGUCACCAAUUCUUGGUGUCUCGGUUGGGGGCUCACUGGGCCAUGCUGACGACUCCUCUGGUUCUGUGACAUAGUAUGUCUGGGGCCAGGAGGGGACGGGAAGCUCUGCCUUGGUGUGGUGACCCCAGCGUUUAGCCAACUGAGUAUCUGAAUUUGAGCUUUCUAUGUGGCCAAUCCCGGACUUGGUAUUUUAAGAGUCACUGGAUCUCUGAUUCCAUUGGAGAGUCAGGUAGAGCCAUUAGGCCAGACAUCAUGACAUGAGUCACCUGGGUACCCUUUGCUGUCCAGGGAGGCGACACGGAUGAGCAGAGUGGGGCGAUUGAUGUUGGUCGUGUGUACGUGGGAGUCUCUUGUCUUCAGAGAUACCCUGUGGUGCUUGCUUCUCCCAGCUGCGCAGGUAUUGUCCAAGGACCGUGUGUUUAGGGAACAGGCAUUGUGUCGUGGGAAGGCCUGGUCCAAGCUCCUUCACCCCAGUGGAGCUUCUGCUCCCUGGGUUUCUUGUUCUUGGGCAGCCUGAGACCAAUAGGGGCAGAGAGCUGGCAGUGUGCAUAUGGAAGAUGCAGUGUUGUGACUUCAGGUGUCCUUUGAUUUGGAAUGGAUAGGGUAGGCCCUCAAAGAGGCAGCGGUCUCUGAAGAACAGGCUGGGGAGGGUGGCAGGGAAAGGUCCCCGGUUCACCCUUCAGAACCUGUUGUCUCUGCAGCAACCCACUGUGGUCUCGGCUGCUGGGCAGUCAAGGACACUGGCUUCUUGCCUCUCCUGGGCUGGCUUGGACACUUGUCUCUGUGUCCAGGGUGGGUUGCCAGUCUCAUGAGGCCACUAGGUCAGGCUAAGGCUUGUGUGCGGGAGGGACUGGAGCCCAGCUCGUUUGUGUAUCACCUCCUUUGCUGUCCUUGUGAGGUUUCCCUGAUUUGACAUCCUUGACCAGCACUAGGGCCCAAGGCUAUUGGAGGGAAGUAGUAGCCUCUUGCAGGGAAGUGUUUUCCUCUGCCCUGGAGUCUCCCCACCUGCCUGUCCACAACCGUGUGGGUGAGGCGGGCUAGGGAGAUUCUGGGUCCCAGGGCUGGGCUUCUGAGAAGGGCUGACUGGACCUCUCUGCCACUCCUCUCCUUCACCCUGACCUCAGGGUGGAGUGGGGAAAGUCUCGGUGUCCGAGCAAACGAGAGGGAGAGCAGGCUGAGGAAACCGUCGGGGUGAGCCUGGAGCUGAGUCCCCUUUGAUCUUGGUCUCUGGGCCUUCUUCGGCCCUCCUGGGGCAGGGGGCUGGCUACAGGUCAGCAUCCGGCCACCCUUAGAGGCAGUGAGUGCCUAGCCAGUCCUGCCUUAGGAACAGAGUGAGUGGUAAAUAAAGACGUAGGCUUCUUUUGUGUGUCUUAGAUGCUUGCGCUUCCCCCUUUUCUUUCUACUGCCCUGCCUUUACUCUUAGCAGUUACAUAAAUGACCACAUACUCUGUACUUUGCUGUAAAUAAAGACUGAACAGAAAAGAA